CGGGCAAGGUUUGGUUUUGUUUUGUUUUCUCUGGGAGUCAGAGAGAGGCGUUUCCCUUCCUUCCUUCCUUCCUUAUUUAUUUCUCUCUCUAUCUCUCUCUCUCUCUCUCUUUCUCGAUGUCGAUGAGUUCCUCUUCAAUUCCCGCCACUUCUCUUGAAGCAGAGAAAGAGGAGAUGGAUGAACUAAAGAUAGAAGAGCGCUGCCUUGAAAACAAGCAAUUAACACCCGCUUCGAGCUCCUCUCAAUCUGAAGAAGGUAGUGGCAGUGCUAUUCUUAAGUCUCCCGGAGUUUAUAGUCCAGCCACGGUAUCGCCGACUAACAGAAGAACUACAGGCCCAAUUAGGAGAGCCAAAGGUGGUUGGACUCCGGAGGAGGAUGAGACCUUAAGAACUGCUGUUGCAACUUAUAAGGGGAAAAGUUGGAAGAAAAUAGCUGAGUUUUUUCCUGAUAGAUCAGAAGUGCAAUGUCUGCAUCGAUGGCAGAAGGUUCUUGAUCCAGAACUUGUUAAAGGACCUUGGACUCAAGAGGAGGAUGAUAAAAUUGUUGAACUGGUAGCAAAAUAUGGACCCACAAAAUGGUCUGUCAUAGCAAAAGCUUUACCUGGUCGUAUAGGGAAGCAAUGCCGAGAGAGGUGGCACAAUCAUCUGAAUCCUGAUAUAAAAAAGGAUGCUUGGACAUUGGAGGAGGAAUUGGCACUCAUGAAUGCCCAUCGGAUAUAUGGAAACAAAUGGGCUGAAAUAGCAAAGGUUCUGCCUGGAAGGACUGAUAAUUCAAUUAAAAACCACUGGAAUAGUUCCUUGAAGAAAAAAUUAGAUUUUUAUCUGUCUACGGGGAAACUACCUCCAAUUUCAAAGAAUGGUUUCCAAAAUGGAACUAAAGAUACGAAUAAAUCAGCUGUGAUGAAAACAAUGAAAGAAUCAGAUUCAGCUGCCCAAACUUCGUCAGGAACUACUGAUAUAUGUAAGCUAGAUGAAGAUGGAAAAGAUCAGUUAGAGUCUACAUUGGUGCUAGAUGUAGCAGCUUCAUCAAGUGUUCUUCCAAAUGAGUAUGCUGAUUCUGUAGAUCUUAGCUGCUGUGAUUCAGAGUCGCAGCAAAAGUUUGAAGAUCAUCAAGACAAAGGUAUUGGGUCUGGAUUGCAGUUUGACAGGUCAACUUAUGGUUCUUUGUAUUAUGAGCCACCACUAGUAGAACAAUUGGAUUCAUAUCCUUCAAACAUGGGUAGCGUGCAGCAUGAGAACAAUUCUUGCCCAGUUUCAUCUCCUAUUAUUUUCUUCACCCCACCUUGUGUAAAGAGUCGUGAUUUGAGUGCACAAAGUCCAGAAUCUAUAUUGAGAAUUGCUGCCAUGAGCUUCCCUAAUACCCCUUCAAUAUUUCGAAAGAGGAAGACUGCUCAAGUGGAUCUGCUUCCUAGUAAAAUUGGGAAAGUAGGUGGGGAAACCAUCAAAGAGAGGUUAGACAUGUCUGUUGAACAUGAAAAAAUUGAAAAUACUUUGGAAAAGACAGCUGCUCAAGAUGGAAGUUUGUGUGAGAGUCCUGCUUCUUUGGGUACUGGUACUAUUCGGCCUAAUGAUAAGCCCUUUAAUGCUUCUCCUCCAUAUCGAUUAAGAUCCAAACGGACUGCUGUCUUCAAGUCAGUGGAGAGACAACUUGAAUUUACAUUUGAAAAAGGCAGGAGUGAUGGUACCAAACCAACGAGAUUAUCCGUGAAACGGGGCUCUCCUGUUACUGAAGAUUGUUCUCGGGCAACAAAGAUGGGGGUUACCUAGAGAAAAUCUGGAUAUAGAGUGGAGAUAUUUUAGAGGUUGGCCACGGACUACAGUUUCCAAUAUCUUGAAGCUGUUUCGAAGUGACAAGUCAAAAUGAUUUGUUCAUAUGCUAUGAAUCCUGUAUCAUCUAUCUAAUCAGUCAUGCGGAUACUCGCACCCAUUUUUUCUUGUCUUACAGCUACGUCUUACAUUAUACCAUCCUGUAAAAGGAGCCGGUGGCUGUAGGCUUCUGCUCUGUGGAAUAAGAGAUAUAGGUCCCAAUUAUGCUACCUGAAAUGUAACUUUCUGUACAGAACCUCCCAAUAAGAAAAAAAAAAAAUAAAAAAAAUUGACGCUCCAGAAUUAUGUCACAA